AUGGGUAAUUUAAAAGUAAACCUAAAUUCACCUAAGCAUAAAAAGAAAAAAUGUAUUUGCAACACAGUUCAUUUGCUCCAGCAAAUUACUGGUGUUCCAGAGAGUUUAACGAAAUCAGAAAUCAACCAAACCAGACUUGGGCUGUUCACCGAAAGAAAUUCUGAUGGUUCCGGCAAAUUGGUUUUACGCGGCAAAGAUUUGUAUGACAGGUAUAAACUGAGAAUACAAGAUAGCGAUAUCAGAUCUAUAUAUCUUUAUGUUAGAGAAUUGCCCAGAAGGAUCACUGUGCUGGAUUUAUGCUACAACGAAAUAACAGAUACGGGAUUCUACAAGCUGGUUAAAAAGCUUCUAAUUAAAGGCCGAUCGGCCAUUAUUAAUUUAAAUAUAAUGAAUAAUAAUUUAACAGAGAAGUCCGCUUAUAUACUGGCACAAUACGCGAAGUUUGUCAGAUUGAAAUACUUGAGAUUGAACGGUAAUGAUUUGGGGACGAAAGGAGGUGAAUAUAUCGCUAAAUUCCUCAUCGAUAAUACCACCGUCGAGCACUGCGAUAUAGGACAGAGCGGGCAAACUUUGACCAGCGUCGCUCAAAUAAUUACAGCGUUGAGAAUAGAUCACGGCGCUAACAGAACGUUGAGAGUUUUUGAUUUUAGUAGAAUUGACCCCCUUUUUAACCGUUACAAUUACGAAACAAAAUGGCUGGCGUAUCACAUAGAAUACCUAUUAGAAAGGAACAACACUAUAAUCGAAUUGCAUUUGCAGAAGAACGAUUUUAUCAGUCACGAUAUGGAAUAUUUUGCGAGAGGCUUGAGGAGGAACGAUACUCUUUUGUAUCUCGACUUGUCCUACAAUAGGAUAGGAGACUACGGCGUGGAAUUACUGGCGAAAUAUUUAGCGGAAGGGCCGCAGUUGAUUUUUUUGAACGUCGCUGGCAACGAAAUUAAGGAUACGGGAGCCAGAGCUGUCAGUUUUGGAAUGCCUUACUCUAAAUUACGUGCAUUAGAUAUUUCAAAUAAUAAGCUCACUGAUAGGGGUGUACUAGACCUUCUGAACACGAUUAAAAAGCCAUACAUUUUACGUUUUUUGAAUAUAUGGGGUAAUCGAUUCGGACAUGUAACUUGUGGAGUUAUUAAAAGAAUGCUAACGAGUGGCAUUUUAUAUCAACAUUCAAUUGAUGUUAAAAUUUAUGAAGUAGAUGAGGUUUUAUAUGCCGCUUACUAUCCUAAUCCGUCUGAUAGGAGUAAACAUUUUUAUUAUUGCGAAUUAGAUUAUGGUUUUGCUCAGCCUAUUUAUCAUAUAAAACGAAAUGUUAUACCAGAAAAAAAUGAAGACAGACUAAUCGCAAAGGCAUUUAGUUCUAUAAUAAAUAGAAAUAAAUAUUGA